AUGGCAGCUGAUAAAUUGGCGCCUAAUCCUCGCGAGACUGCAAGUUGCAUCUCGGCCCUAAUGUUUUGCUUUGCACUGCCUAUAUUGUUUAAGGGAAGGAAAACUACAUUGGGACCCAAUGAUCUAUAUGAUGUGCUCAGCGAGCAUAAAGGAGAAAAACUAGGAGAGAGAUUAUUUCAAGCUUGGCAGGAUGAGGUCAAGAAGAAUAGACGUAAUCCAAAUAAUGGCAUGCUUAGAGUAAUAUUGAAGGUUUUUGGCUGGGAAUUGGUACUAUCUGGCUUUGUAAUUGGUGGACUCGAAUUGGGAUUGAGAGCAACUAUGCCACUUCUUUUGGCGGGGCUAAUAUCGGAGUUUGCCACAAAUGGAAAUGGAAACAGUCUCAAUGCUCAGAUUUAUGGAGCCGUCUUGGUGACCUUUAUAGUAAUGGGUGUGCUUCUCUUCCAUCCCUUCAUGAUGCACAUGAUGCAUCUGGCGAUGAAAAUGAGAGUCGCUGUCAGCUGUGCCAUUUAUCGCAAGGCUCUUCGUUUGAGCCGUACCGCACUUGGAGGCACAACAACGGGGCAGGUGGUGAAUCUGGUGUCCAAUGAUCUGGGUCGUUUUGAUCGUGCCUUGAUUCACCUCCACUUUCUAUGGCUGGGACCACUGGAGCUGUUGUUUGCCUCGUACUUUCUCUAUCAACAAAUCGGAGUCGCCUCCUUUUAUGGCAUUGCCAUCCUGUUGCUCUACCUGCCUCUCCAGACGUAUCUCAGCAGAUUGACCUCAGCUCUAAGACUGAAGACUGCUCUUCGAACAGAUCAAAGGGUGAGGAUGAUGAACGAGAUCAUAGCUGGGAUUCAGGUGAUUAAGAUGUAUGCCUGGGAGAUGCCCUUCGAGAAACUGAUUUCCAGCACACGAGCCAGCGAGAUGAGAGUCAUCAGAAAAGUGAAUUACAUACGAGGAGUAAUGCUUUCCUUUGAGCUUACUCUAGGCAGGAUUGCAAUCUUUGUCAGCCUCUUGGCAUUUGUCCUGACAGGAGGUCAAUUGACAGCGGAGAGAGCCUUCUGUGUGACGGCAUUCUACAAUGUCAUGCGUCGUCCGGUAACAAAAUUCUUUCCCACUGGCAUGACCCAAGUGGCCGAAUUAUUGGUAUCAUUGCAAAGGAUAACAGAGUUUAUGCUACGGGAUGAAACCGGUGACCAGUUGCUGGAAGGCGAAGUGGAGGACAAUAAAAAAGCAGCUGAGAAGAAGAAUCUUCUAAAUAAUGGCAUUUUACCCGUCGCCAGUUCUAGUGACAUGCUCGUUGAGAUCAAGGAUCUGAGAGCACGUUGGAAUGUGGAGCACACUGAUCCCAUUUUGGACGAUAUUAAUAUAAAGCUGCAGCGACAACAGCUCGUAGCAGUCAUAGGACCAGUCGGAGCCGGGAAGUCCAGUUUAAUUCAGGCCAUUCUUGGCGAGCUUCGUGCGGAGACAGGAUCUGUCAAGUUGCAUGGAAGAUGCUCCUAUGCGGCACAGGAACCUUGGCUCUUUAGUGCCACUGUGCGGGAGAAUAUUCUUUUUGGCCUGCCCCUGGACAAGCAACGCUAUCGAACUGUGGUCAAGAUGUGCGCUCUGGAACGGGACUUUGAGCUGUUGGAUCAGGGAGACAAGACAAUUGUCGGAGAGCGUGGAGCAUCUCUCUCUGGAGGGCAGAGAGCCCGCAUAAGUCUGGCACGUGCUGUCUACCGAAAGGCGGAUGUCUACCUCCUCGAUGAUCCUCUCAGCGCCGUCGACACCCAUGUGGGACGUCAUCUCUUCGAGCAAUGUAUGCGAGGAUUUCUACGCAAUCAGCUCGUCAUCUUGGUCACACAUCAACUGCAGUAUCUGGAGCACGCCGACCAGAUUGUCAUCAUGGACAAGGGUAAGGUAACGGACAUUGGCACCUACGAACAUAUGCUCAAGAGUGGCCAGGACUUUGCCCAGCUCCUUACCCAGCAAACACCAGAAGAGACUGAAGAGGAGGUUAAGGACCCGCAGGCUGCUGGAGAUUAUAAUGGAAAAGCCACGUCGUAUUCCCGCAACAAUAGUGUGGAGAGUCGGGAUAGUGUAUCUUCCAGUGUUGCCGACUCACUGAUUGCCCAGGAGAAGCCCAAGGAAGUUCAGGAAUCUAGAUCUGCAGGGAAAAUUGGCUGGGACAUGUAUCAGAAAUACUUUGCAGCCGGUUGCAGUUGGUUUGUGUUCCUCUUGGUUGUAUUCUUGUGCAUUGGCACGCAGGUAAUGGCCUCUUGGGGAGAUUACUUUCUGUCCUACUGGGUGAAGAACAACUCCUCCUCAUCGAUUGACAUCUAUUACUUUGCCGCCAUCAAUAUAGCAUUGAUUCUCUUUUCCGUAUUGCGUACUAUUCUGUUCUUCAAUGUGUCCAUGCAUUCCUCGACUCAACUGCAUGACUCCAUGUUUCGAGGAAUUACACAUGCUGCCAUGUAUUUCUUCAACACGAAUCCUUCGGGAAGGAUAUUAAAUCGUUUCGCGAUGGACCUGGGACAGGUGGAUGAAGUAUUGCCCGCCGUAAUGCUGGACUGUAUACAGAUCUUCCUGACUUUGACAGGGAUUAUAACUGUUUUGUGUAUUUCGAAUCCUUGGUAUCUAAUCAAUACCUUCGCCAUGCUCUUAUCCUUUUACUAUAUACGUGAUUUUUACCUGAGUACGUCACGUGAUGUAAAAAGACUGGAGGCUGUUGCUCGUUCUCCGAUGUACUCCCAUUUUGGAGGCACUCUGAAUGGUCUUCCCACGAUAAGAGCGAUGAGGGCGCAGAGAAUGUUAAUUUCGGAAUAUGAUCAUUAUCAGGAUAAUCAUUCCAUUGGUUAUUACACAUUCCUUUCGACAAGUCGAGCAUUUGGAUAUUAUGUGGAUUUGAUUUGCGUGAUUUAUAUAUUAAUCAUAAUAUUAAAUAACUUCUUCAAUCCUCCCGAAAAUCCUGGACUAAUUGGUUUGGCGAUUACACAGGCCAUGUCUAUGACUGGGAUGGUAAAAGGGGGAAUGAAGCAAUCUGCAGAUUUGGAGAAUUCUAUGACCUCCGUGGAACGUGUGAUCGAGUACAGACACUUAAAAGCUGAGGGAGAAUUUUCGUCACCAACAGGCAAGAAACCACCUGCAAACUGGCCAGAGCAUGGACAAAUUGUAGCCGAUGAAUUGAGUCUACGAUAUGUGCCAGAUCCGCACGCCCCUUAUGUACUUAAAUCUCUCAACUUUAUUAUCCAACCAUGUGAAAAAGUCGGUAUUGUGGGACGCACUGGAGCAGGAAAAUCUUCAUUGAUAAAUGCACUAUUCCGUCUAUCUUAUAACGAUGGUUCUAUCUUGAUCGACAAACGCGAUACAGAAGAAUUGGGCUUACAUGAUCUGCGAAGUAAAAUUUCGAUUAUACCCCAGGAGCCCGUACUUUUCUCUGGCACGAUACGAUAUAAUUUAGAUCCAUUUGAACAAUAUGCGGACGAGAAAUUGUGGCAGGCUCUUGAUGAGGUUCAUCUAAAAGAGGAUAUAUUCGAGUUGCCAGUGGGACUGCAGAGUACCAUUUCCGAGGGUGGCUCCAAUUUCAGCGUGGGUCAACGACAACUCCUAUGUCUGGCACGUGCCAUUCUCCGGGAGAAUCGAAUUCUCGUUAUGGAUGAGGCCACCGCCAAUGUGGAUCCACAAACUGAUGCACUUAUUCAGACCACCAUCAGAAAUAAGUUCAAGGACUGCACGGUACUGACAAUAGCUCAUCGGCUACACACUAUUAUGGAUUCGGAUAAGGUGCUCGUCAUGGAUGCGGGAAGAGUUGUUGAGUUUGGCACACCCUACGAACUUCUCACUUCUGCGGAAUUCACAGUUUUUCAUGAUAUGGUCAAGCAGACUGCCAAAUCAACCUAUGAGAAUCUCGUACAGGUUGCAAAGAAGGCUUUUAAAUCAGCUCAAUAAUGUCGAAAGUUAUUGUCUAAAGGCCAACAAAGUAGAAUGAUUUUUUUUUUAAUGCGUGUUUGCUACAUGUAAAGUAGUAUAUGUUUUCUUAAUUUUGUAUGUACUUACAAUGUGUGUUAAUUAAAAAUCAAUUGCAAUGAAAAUGAAUUUCUGUAAAGUAAAUCUACUUAUUUUCUA